CGUCACAUAAACAAUUGCUAAUUCUUACGAUGUAAAACUUCGAACGGUGACACCGUAAAAGCGCGGGAAAAGAAAGAAAAAAGAAAAACAUGGUGCGAACAAAAGCUGACGCUGGGUGCUCCUCAGGUUCUAGGAAAGCAAUUGGAGGAAAUGCCCCAAGGAAGGCACUUGGUGGAGCCGGACCAAGCAGUGCUGGAGCAUCACCGUCUGGUAAAGCAGCAGGAAAAUAUGCAGGUGGGAACCCAGUGUGCCCACGUCCUACUCCAGAAUGGCAGAAAGGCAUUGGAGGAUUUUUUACACAACCUGAUAUAUCAGACAAAGAAAAUACAGAACCUACAGUGUCAGAUACAAGUAAAGCAGGGUCAAGUAAAGAUGUAGAAGCAUGCAGCAGUAAAGAUGUAGAAGCAUGCAGCAGUAAAGAUGUGGAAGCAGGCAGCAGUAAAGAUGUGGAAGCAGGCAGCAGUAAAGAUGUGGAGGCAGGCAGUAGUAAAGACAGCUAAUACACAAGGGGAUUGGUGUAUAAACUGCUAAGAUUUAUUCAGGCUAUGUUCAUAAAAAAGGAAACACCAAGUGACAAAUACUGGUUAAGUGAAUUGUUCAUGUAGCUGUUGAUAAUAUAAACAAGAUCCUGUAACACCCAUUCAUGUGGCAGCUAGUGGAGGACAGCUAUAGGCAGACGCUGAUUGAACAGAAAUUUUCGCAUUUAAUUCUUUUAUUGCUGCCUCGUUUCAGCAAAUCUUUGGUCAUGUUUCAGCGGCAUUUAUCAUUCAAAAUUGUUUAUGAGUAUUAUGCAGAGACGUAAUUGCAGUGUGUCUGUUAAAGUAUUGGUAUAAAAGGAGUUCAUUUUGAAUAAUGUACAAAGUGACAUGUGUAUAUACUGUAGAAGGCAAAUCUCGUUGCUUAUAUCACUUUGAAGUAUGUCUGCUUUACUUUCGCUCUUUCUAAUUAUAUACUUGACUAUUUAAGCAUAGUACUGUAGGUCAUUGUGCAAAUUUAGAUUCUUGGUGUUUAGAAAUCAUGACUGACUGAAGCAAUUUCUCAUCCAAGUUUAAAGUAGUUCUUUAAAGCGACUGGGUGAAAAGUUAAAUGGUGUUAAAAAUUGUUAAGGUAAAUUUUUGUAAAAAGUGGUCCUGUGGAUAUACAAAUGUUUGCAAAAUAUCCUGUUAAAGACAAAUUCUUGAGACAGUUUGAAUUGUUGAUUUGAUAGUGCUAACUCUGUGAGAAUAUUAAGGUUUAAGAUUUGUUUUCAGUGCCAGGAUAUAUGCAAUACUGCUGCCCAUUUCUGGAAGUGAAGAUGCAGAAAAUAUGUUGCCACAUCCAUAUAAAUUUGUAUUCUGUAACAGAAAAAACAUUACUGUGCAUUGUACCUCAUUUGCCAGUUAGUACUUACUGUCGUUGGACCAGUGAUAAUUGAUCACUCAGUAUAGGGUAAUGCUUCUUCUUUCAAGCUAGUAGUUAGAGACCAGAGCCCAUAUUCAUAAAGCUCCUUGGGGAAAAUUUUCCCUAAGGGACUAACUUAGGGAAAAGUCCCAAAGCAUUUAGUGGACAAUCAUUGAGAUAUCUGCAAUGUCUAACAAUAUUGUCUCAUAGUCUGGCAUAGUAAUGAAGAUUAUUAAUAAAUCUUAUAAAGUUUACAAAUUUUUGGUACUAUAUUGUUGUGGAAAUUUUACAAAGUUAAGGAUUUUCGUAAGUUUUCUCCUUAGGAGCUUUAUGAAUACGGGCCCAGCUGCAGAAGAUGAUGGAUGUUAUUAUGUAAUUUACUGAACAAAAUGUUUAGCUAACCUGAGCACAUUAUGUUCAUGGUGAGCUUUUAAGAUCAUUGGAUGUCCCUUGUCAGUGGGAAUUGGUUUUUAAAUUUGGUAGUAAUUUUAUACAUGGCUUCUGUUAUCCGUUGGUCAUAGCUAUACAGGAACCGAACAAAUUUGUUGGUGUGGUAAUGAGUAUUGGAGAAGAUACAGGCCAUGUUGAGAUAAAAGUUUGCUUACAAAACAUUAGCUGUUUGGUACUGCCUCUAUAAUGUUUUGUAAGGGUGUCAUUACUGUAGCUGUAAUAUGAUAGUUCUGGCCACUAUAUCUGAACUGACACUCCCCUGAUUGUGUCCAAGCUGUCGUAACAGUAAGUGUUAGCUUGCACAAUGUUUGGACAGAGAUGGCAGCAUUGGCUUCACAAAUGAUAUUUUAAGUGUUCCUGAAUUUAAUAAUACUGAAUUUUCAACAAAUUUUAUGUACUGUACUGUAGAAUAUUUUUGAUAAUGCAAGUAAGUAAAGUAGUGAUCUCAAAACACCUGAGAAUAUGUGCAUGGGGUGAAGGAAUGCUUCAGAUGUCUGUUCAAGAACUCUUUAAAAAAGACUUAUGGGAAUACAUACAGGAGAGAAAUACUUUAAAUGAGAUGUUUGUGAUUAUGCUUGUAAUUCAGCCUAAUUGUAAUUUGGCCUCCUUGGUGAAGUGGUUAAACUCCUAGUCCAUGGAUCAGUAGUCCUUGGCUGCCAUGGGUUCAUAAUGCUUAAAGUGUGUAAUUCUUUCAUGUAAGAGACCGCUCAAACUGAUUUAUGAAAGAAUGGUGUUCCAACCUAUGUGAGUUUUGUGUUAAUACAGGCAGUUCAAGCAGGGCUGUCCGUGGCUCAGUCACUGUCUGGCUUCAAAUCACUUGCCCAUCACACAAGUGAGUUCGAGCCUCUUUUGGGCAUAGAUGUUUUCAUAUGAGGAAGCCAUGCAACUUGUUUGAGGAAGAUUAGUGGUUUUACCCAGGUGCCGUAUGAUGCCUGAAAGGACACCUAGAGUCUUCCUCAACCAUAAAAAGCUGGAGAGUCACCAUAUACAAUUCAAGCUGUUAAUCUGAAGAGACAUGUGAGAAAACAUACAGGAGAGAAAUGCUUUAAAUUUAUUUGUAAUUCAUCCGCCAACAUUAAAUCAGCCCUAAGGAGGUUUAAUAGUGUACAGUCAAUGCGGAAGAAUAAAUGCUGACCAAUUAUCAUAUCUGUUAAAUUAUAUUUAGCAGUGAGCUGAAGAGAUACAUAAGAAUACAUACAGGAGAGCAAUUUUAAGUAGUGAUCUGAACAGACAUCUGAAAAUACAAACAGGAGAAAUGCUAUGUAGAAUGUGUGUGGUAGUUUUUAUGCCCCCGGAAGGGUAUUAGUUUUCAACUGUCCGUCUGUUUGAUCAUUCGUCACAACGUUAACUUUUUGCAUGACGGCACAUUACUCACGAACCACUGCACCCAGGACCUUCAAACUACACAAGGCUGAUAGUACUUAUUGAGAACACGACCCCUGUUGACUUUGGUUUCACCAGGUCAAAGGUCAAGGCGCUGCGGGGGCAUUUGUCACCAUUAGUGACAGCUCUUGUUUGUAAUUAAAAACAGUUACCUUAAAGAGACAUAUAAGAAAACAUCAGAAUAAAAAAUGUUUGCAAGUUCAUCAGUGACUUGAAGAGACAUAAGAAUAUAUACAGGAGAGAAAAGUGGUCUAAGGACAGAGAGAAAUAAGAAUGCAGUUCAGGCAGAAAUGAUCUGCAAAGUAGAAAAAUUUGAAGUAGGGUUUCCUUGUUAAUAAAGCAACGAAACUUAAUGUUGCCUCCGUAUAAAAAGAAACUUCGGUAAGCAUCCAGCCAAACUCUCAGGUGAGCAGAUAUAGGCCUGUCCUGAUAUCAAGUUGGCUUAAAAGUUCUCAAUUGAAAGACAAUUGCUACUUGUUUCUUGCAUAGUUUUGUAAAAUUCAGGAAAAAUUGUUGUUACAGAACGUGAAUAUAGCUUCUUUUCUGAGAUGAUAAUGAAUUUGAAUGAAAUCGUGGUGAUUCAUAACACUACAAUUGCUAUUAUUAAUAUUGUUUACAUUUUAUAUAACUAUUUUUAAAAAUUAAAACCACAGAAAAAAAGA